AAGCGCCACAGAACUACCUAAUAAUUACUCCCUCUUUCCACAAACUACCACAUUCACCAAUUUCCUCCCCUUCUCCCCCCAUCUCUCCCCUCACAAACCACCAUGUUUGAUCCAAGAACUGAACUUCCCAACAACCAUGUUCAUCCCUUCAAUCCCACUCCACAUAUAUAUGACCAUUUGGGGAAGAUGAAUUACGACGCGAGGGCUCGAAAAACAGCACAAAAGUACGAGAAUUAUAGGAGUCGAAAUGGCAUGGAAGUCCAAUUCAGACCAGAUAACAUGGGAGAAGAUGAGUCAGGUGUUUUUUCGCCGCCUCUAUGGAAAUCAAGCCCACCCAGAAGCCCGACACACACCCGACAUCCCCAGAACAAUUACCGGUCUCUAUCUCCCAAUUCAAGAGCUCAGGCAAUAGCAAGAGGCCAGUGGGAGCUCAUGGAGAUGGUUAAAACCAUGCCUGAGUCAUGUUAUGAGCUCUCCUUGAAAGAUAUUGUGGAUCACCCUACUAGAGUCAUGGAAAGUGAAGAAGAGUGUUUGGUUGGUGAGAAAAGCUUUGGCAGAGAAGAUUUGAGUCAAAGGGUGAAGGUGGUUAAGAGGCAGGAAAGUAACAAGAAUGAGAGUAAAGGAAAGGUGACGAUGAGAAGCACAAGUUUUGACAAUGGUGGGUUUCUUUUGAAAAUGGUUUUUCCAUUUUCUUUUGGAUUGAAGAAGAAGAAGAAGAACUUGACAACAAACGGUUUGGGAUCAAAAGUUUCACCAAAACCUGAUAAGGAAUGGUGCAAGAAAAGAUCUUUUGGUUCGAGCGAGACAGUGGCCGGUGCGGUAAGAAGCAAUAGUGGCAGCAGUGGCAGCAGCGGAAGCAGAAACAGCAGCCGCAGCAACAGCAACAGCAGCAGGAGCAGGAACAGUGGUUGGUCACCUGGUUGCUGGUCCUUCUUCAUCUCCAAUAAAAACAAAGAAAGUGCAAAGUGAAUGAGCACUGCCAUUUUUGGAUUGGCAUACUGCAUACCCAUAAAAUAGAAUCUUUAGGACUAUCACCAAACAAGUGCAAUGUAACAUAUUGUGUAUUCCUUGAAAUUUUUUGAGUUGGUAAUUUUUUUCUUUUUUUCUUUUUAAAUUUUAUUUAUAAAAAAAAAUUAUGUGUACAUGAUUCUUGCACAAAAAAGGUCACACCGUUGUCUCUAUUGUAUGCAUGAAUUAUGUGCACGUAGUAAAAUUAUAUAUUUGUUAAAUUGUUUUA